AUGGACGUGGAGCCCAUUUUUUGCGCGGAGCAGAUCGUUAUUCCGCACAACCUGGCCGAUAUCCUUAAAGCUUACACAAAGGAGGUGAUUCGGCGACAACCAGCGGACAUUGUCGCGUUCUCAGCCAAAUACUUCACAAACCUCGCAAAUGUAGCAUCGGGUGCAUCAAAUACGCAAGCGCCAACGAAAGAGCAGCUGCGCCAGGUCUACACCCGCGGCGGCGGGGGCUCUACCGCCCUCAACCAGUCGCAGGUCAACGGUCUAUGCAAGCAGGCCGGCAUCGCGGAUCCAGUGGUUUCAAAGGUCCUGGAGGUUGGGACCUUUGACCCGACCUUUGUCGACCUGGACAAGUUCGUCUUCCUCAUGCUGGCCAUGAGUUGCGAGGACUUCAACCGCGUCUGCAUGGGCGUCUUUGACGUCUUCUCCGACAACGGCUCGCUGCCAACGGAGCACUUUUUGCAGCUCAUCAGCUUUCUGGGUCCCGACAUGGACACAGAUGUGACGCAGGGCUUCCUGUCCGCACUAGAGCAAGAGCUCGGGGGGGCACCCACCAUCACUUACAUGGAAAUAUGCGAAGCACCCACCAUCAAGCCCAAACUGGGUUUGUCAUGA